AUGGCGUUGCAAGGUCAGGGUCCAGACCCAAGUGAACGCAUCUUCGUCGAACUACGCAGCAAGAACGACGAAAUCAAGAACAAGGCUGCCACCGAGCUGCGGGACCUCAUCACCCUGCUGUCGAGAGAAUGGCCUCCUGAACGAUUCAGUGCAUUCUACGAUCGAGUCACCCAUCGCAUCAGUAACCUCAUCGUCCAGGCUCCGGAUGCAAAUGAUAAAGUGGGCGGAAUCCUGGCUCUAGACCGCUUGAUCGAUUGUGAAGCAGUCGAUGCGGCGCAGAAGGCCUCGAAAUACUCCAACUACCUGCGCGCGGCAUUGAAGAGCAAUGACUACACGGUUUUGGAUGCCGCCAGUCGGGCAUUGGGCCAUCUGGCGCGGCCGGGAGGGGCCUAUACCGCGGAAUUGGUCGAGGCUGAAAUGACAUCUGCGUUCGAAUGGCUUCAACCGGACAGCAAACAGGAAAGUCGCAAACUCGCCGCGGUGCUGCUGAUCCGCGAGAUGGCAAGGAAUUCCCCUACUCUGGUCUACGGCUUCAUCCCCCAGAUCUUCGAGUUGAUUUGGCACGCUCUGCGGGACCCAAAAGAUCUGAUACGAAAGGCAUCUGCCGAGGCUGUCAGUGCGUGCUUUGGGGUCAUGGUUGCCAGAGAUCCUCAGUUCCAGGCUCACUGGUUUGCGAAGAUAUACUCCAAGGCUUUAGAAGGGUUUCGGCCAAACACGACGGUCGACGAAACGCUGGGUUCACUCCUGAUUUUGAUGGAACUGCUCCAACAGGGAAACAUGUUUAUGCAUGACUUCUACCGGAAUACGUGCGAGAUUGUUUUGCGGCUCAAGGACCAUCGUGACCCAAGGAUCCGAACGCAAAUCGUCCAGAUCAUUCCUGUGCUUGCCGAAUACGCGCCGCUCGAGUUCAUCAACAAUUACCUGCACAAGUUCAUGAUCUAUCUUCAAGCGCAGCUCAAACGCGAGAAGGAGCGCAACCAAGCAUUUCUGGCUAUUGGCCAGAUAGCCAAGGCUGUUGGGAGUGCCAUCGCGCAAUACCUCGAUGGAAUCAUCCUCUACAUCCGAGAAUCGCUGAGUGCGAAGACCAAGAACAGGGCUGCCGUGGAUGAAGGUCCAAUGUUCAAGUGCAUCAGCAUGCUUGCUGGUGCAGUGGGACAGACUCUCAGCAAGUACAUGGAGGCCCUCCUCGAUCCGAUCUUCGCCUGCGGCCUUACUGAGCCAAUGGAAGUCGCUCUGGAAGACAUGGCACACAACAUACCACCGAUCCGAUCCACAAUACAAGACAAGUUAUUGGAUCUGCUCAGUCUGAUCCUGGUCCGCUCUCCUUAUCGACCUCUGGGAUGCCCUACCAACGCAACACCCCCACUUCCAUCAUUUGCUAAGGACUAUGGUGGUUUUCCUGCCGAGCACAAGGACUCUGAAAUCACUCUUGCCCUUGUGACUCUCGGGAAGUUUGAUUUCUCCGGUCAUAUCCUCAAUGAGUUCGUGCGGGACGUCACUAUCCGCUACGCUACACAUGAUAACCCGGAGAUCCGACGCGCAGCCGCCCUGACGUGUUGUCAGCUGUUCAUGCAGGAUCCGAUCUUGCACCAGACCAGCAACAAUGCCAUACAAGUUGUCAGUGAGGUUGUUGACAAGCUGUUGACGGUGGCUGUUGGUGACCCCGACCCUGAUAUCCGGAUGACGGUCCUGCGGGCUCUGGACAAGAAGUUCGACAAGCACUUGGCGAGACCAGAGAACAUCAGAUGUCUGUUCUUGGCCGUUAACGACGAGGUUUUCGCCGUCCGUGAAGCAGCAAUUGAGAUCAUCGGGAGACUGACGACUGUCAAUCCUGCCUAUGUGUUCCCACCUCUGCGGAAGCUCCUGGUCAACCUGCUUACUGGGCUAGGUUACUCCAAUACUGCAAAACAGAAGGAAGAAAGUGCCCGGCUGAUUAGCCUGUUCGUUUCGAACGCAACUUCUCUGGUGAAGACGUAUGUGGAGGCCAUGGUCUCGGCCCUCUUGCCAAAAGCCACGGACCCUAAUCCGGGUGUGGCCUCGACAACAAUCGAGGCUCUUGGAGACUUAACAUCAGUGGGUGGCGAAGCUAUGGUCAAGCAUAUCCCCGAACUGAUGCCGAUCAUCAUCGAGGCUCUACAAGAUCUUGGGUCACACGACAAGCGCGAGGCAGCCAUGAAAACCCUGGCUUCCCUUGCCGUCAACUCUCAAUACGUGAUAGAUCCGUAUUUGGAUUAUCCGGAAUUGCUCGGUAUUCUCAUCAACGCGAUCAAGACUGAGGCUCAUGAAAAGCUGCGGACCGAUGCAAUCAAAUUGGUCGGCGUUUUGGGCGCUCUCGAUCCCUACAAGUAUCAGCAACUAAGCGAAUCAGUCGCAGAAAAGCAGAGCUUGACUGAGGCCCAGCCUGUCUCAGAUGUUGCCUUGAUCAUGCAAGGCUUGACGCCCUCGAACGAGGAGUACUACCCGACGGUCGUCAUCAACACCUUGAUGCAAACAAUUCUCGCGGACCAUACGCUAGUCCAGUACCACAGCGCUGUUAUCGACGCUGUCGUGACCAUCUUCAAAACCAUUGGCAUGAAAUGUGUACCCUUCUUAGGCCAGAUCAUCCCAGGCUUCCUCAGCGUUAUUCGCAGCUCCCAUCCAACGCGCUUGGAGUCUUACUUCAACCAACUUGCGGUCCUUGUCAACAUUGUGCGCCAGCACAUCCGAGCUUUCCUGCCCGAAAUCAUCGAGGUAAUUAGAGAGUUCUGGAACACAUCGAGACAGGUUCAAUCGACCAUUUUGUCAUUGAUCGAGGCCAUCUCCAAGUCCCUGGAGGGAGAAUUCCGCAGAUACCUGGCAGGUCUCUUGCCGCUCAUGCUUGCCGUGAUCGAGAAUGAUUCAGACCUAAGAAGAGAAGCUUCCAUUCGGAUCCUUCAAACCUUCCUGGUGUUCGGAUCCAGCGGCGAGGAAUACAUGCAUAUGAUCGUCCCCGCAAUUGUUGGCAUCUUCGAAAACCCAGCUGCUCCUCCGAAUGCUCGGCGGGCUGCCAUAGAUACUCUGGGGAAACUGUCCAGGACUGCCAACGUGACCGACUUUGCCUCGCUCAUGAUCCAUCCCCUGGCGAAGAUAUUGGCCUCACCGGAGAAGGUCGUCACAAACUCUCAGGAGCGUUCACUGAAGGCCGCGGCUCUGGACUGCGUCUGCGCCCUCAUAUACCACCUCGGACAAGAUUUCGCACACUAUCUGCCUCUUGUCGAGAGAGCUACCAAGGCUGGCCAGAUCAACUCGGAACGGUUUCAGAAGCUGGUUGAAAAUUUCAAGACGGGCAAGGCACUGCCAGUUGAUUUCUACCCUGAAGAGCAAUAUGGCAUACCUGCUGAGGACACUUCGUACUCGAAUAUAACGUCCAUGCGACUCCCAGUCAACCAACAGCAUCUCAAGAGUGCUUGGGACACUUCUCAGAAGUCGACCAAGGAGGACUGGCAGGAAUGGAUGAGGAGGUUCAGCGUUGAACUCCUCAAGGAGUCUCCGUCACAUGCUUUGCGCGCAUGCGCAAGUCUCGCUACCGUCUAUCAGCCGUUAGCGAAAGACUUGUUCAAUUCCGCAUUCGUCUCGUGUUGGACAGAACUUUACGAUCAGUAUCAGGAAGAGCUUAUCCGAUCAAUCGAGAAAGCCCUCACAUCCACGAAUAUCCCCCCUGACAUUCUACAGACACUGCUCAACCUGGCCGAAUUCAUGGAGCACGAUGACAAAUCGCUGCCAAUUGAUAUCCGGACACUAGGAAGAUUUGCUGCCAAGUGCCAUGCAUUUGCCAAAGCAUUGCACUACAAGGAGCUCGAGUUUGAACAGGACCAGAACAGUCAAAGUGUUGAGGCUCUGAUCAGCAUCAACAACCAGCUGCAGCAGUCAGACGCAGCCAUUGGUAUUUUGCGUAGAGCGCAAGUCUUUGGCGAAGUUGAGCUCAAAGAGGCGUGGUUCGAGAAACUGCAGCGAUGGGAAGAAGCAUUGGCCGCAUACCAGAAACGUGAGAAAAUCGAACCGGACAAUUUUGACAUUGUCAUGGGCAAGAUGCGCUGUCUGCACGCCUUGGGUGAAUGGAAGAUGCUGUCGGAAAUUGCUCAAGAACACUGGAACAGUGCGACGCAAGAAAACCGGAAGAACAUGUCCGCUCUGGCUGCAGCUGCGGCAUGGGGCCGUGGUGAAUGGGAUCUAAUGGACAACUACAUCAGCGUUAUGAAGGAAAGCUCGCCUGAUCGAGCGUUCUUUGGCGCCAUUCUCGCCAUCCAACGCAACAACUUCGGCGAAGCUCACAAUUUCAUUGUCCGCGCGCGGGACGGUGUCAAUUCCGAGAUUACUGCUACGAUUGGCGAGUCCUACAAUCGAGCUUAUAGUGUGGUGGUCCGAACACAGAUGCUUGCCGAGCUAGAGGAAAUCAUCGUGUACAAGCAAAGCGAGGGCCUGCCGCAGAAGCAGAAUUCCCUGAAGAUGUUAUGGAACAAGAGACUGCUGGGCUGUCAGGCCAAUGUGGAGGUAUGGCAGCGAAUGCUCAAGGUUCGAGCGCUGGUGCUGACCCCAACCGACAAUCCCGACAUCUGGAUCAAAUUUGCCAACCUGUGUCGCAAGUCGGACCGCAUCGGGCUGGCCGAAAGAUCUCUGGCUUCUCUUGGAGGCGUUAGUGAUCUUGCUGCUGGUGCGGGUGCAGCACCACCUCCCGUGGCGUAUGCUCGCCUCAAGUUCAACUGGGCGACGGGAAACCAACAGCAAGCGUUGUCGUAUCUCCGUGAAUUCACGAUGCGUCUUGCCGAUGAUUUCCAGCAGGCCAAUGCUGUUGUGGCCACUGGCAGCAUGCAUACGGAGAGGAUGAAUGGUAUGAACGGGCUUGACAUGAACGGUCAUGACACAAUCGCUCAGAGGCGGAAACAUGAAGAGCUGGACAGAUGCGCAAAGCUUCUGGCCAAGUGCUAUUUGCGGCAAGGAGAAUGGCAGUCUUACCUCCUCAGAGGUGACUGGACCAGUCCGCAAGCCCAAGACGCUGUGCAAGACAUCCUGAACUCAUACCACGCUGCCACACAGUACAACGAAUCUUGGUAUAAGGCGUGGCAUGCUUAUGCCCUGGCCAACUUCGAAGUGGUGACUUCAAUGGCGUCACAUACCGACCAGGAGAAGGUCCGCACGAUCCCCGAGCAAGUGAUCCAGAAUCAUGUUGUCCCAGCCAUAGGAGGCUUCUUCAGAUCGAUUGCGCUGUCCAAAACAAGCUCUCUACAAGACACACUACGAUUGCUGACGCUAUGGUUCGCACAUGGCGGCCAUACCGAGGUCAACCAAGUCGUCACCGAAGGGUUCGCGUCGGUCAGCAUCGACACAUGGUUGGAAGUGAUUCCACAACUGAUUGCCAGAAUCAAUCAGCCCAAUACGAGGGUACGGGCAGCUGUGCACCGGCUACUGGCAGAAGUCGGCAAGGCUCACCCACAAGCACUCGUAUAUCCUCUGACCGUGGCAAUGAAAUCCUCUGUUGCGCGUCGUGCGAAUUCUGCAACUCAGAUUAUGGACAGCAUGAGAGUGCAUAGUCCGAGACUUGUCGAGCAAGCUGAUGUCGUCAGCCAUGAACUCAUUCGGGUGGCUGUCCUGUGGCAUGAGCUUUGGCAUGAAGGUCUUGAGGAAGCUUCCCGGCUCUACUUUGGCGACCACGACGUGGAGGGCAUGCUUGCUACGCUUGCUCCUCUACAUGAGCUCCUUGAUCGUGGCCCUGAAACCCUGCGAGAGAUAUCUUUCGCCCAAGCAUUUGGCCACGAUCUUGCCGAAGCUAGAGCCUUCUGCAACGCAUUCCGUCGGUCAAAGGAGAUUGGUGAUCUCAACCAAGCGUGGGAUUUGUACUAUGCGGUCUUCCGUAAGAUUGCUCGACAACUGCCCCAAUUGAUGAGCCUCGAUCUCAAAUAUGUCUCGCCACGCUUGAAGGAUGCGCACGACCUCGACCUCGCUGUUCCCGGCACCUACCAGUCUGGCAAGCCAAUCAUCAGGAUUAUCAGCUUCGAUCAUGUCCUCACCGUCAUACCGUCCAAGCAGCGACCACGGAAGAUGACUCUGAAGGGGUCGGAUGGUAUAUCAUAUGCCUUUGUCCUAAAGGGUCAUGAAGAUAUUCGUCAAGACGAACGGGUGAUGCAGCUCUUCGGUCUCGUCAACACGCUUCUCAACAACGACACCGAAAGCUUCAAACGUCAUCUCAACAUCCAGCGUUUCCCAGCCAUCCCCCUCUCACAGAACUCUGGCUUGUUGGGUUGGGUCCCCAACUCUGACACUCUCCACAAUCUUGUGAAGGAAUACCGAGAGUCGCGCCGCAUUUUGCUUAACAUUGAGCACCGGAUCAUGUUGCAGAUGGCUCCCGAUUACGACAAUCUCACGCUCAUGCAAAAGGUUGAAGUCUUCGGAUAUGCAAUGGACAACACGACGGGCAAAGACCUGUACCGUGUGCUAUGGCUCAAAUCCAAGAGUUCGGAGGCCUGGUUGGAUCGACGAACUAACUACACCCGCUCGUUGGCUGUCAUGUCAAUGGUCGGCUAUAUCCUGGGUCUGGGCGAUCGCCAUCCUUCAAAUCUCAUGCUCGAUCGGAUCACUGGCAAGAUCAUCCACAUCGAUUUCGGCGACUGCUUUGAAGUUGCCAUGCACCGUGAGAAAUAUCCGGAACGAGUCCCAUUCCGACUUACACGAAUGCUUACCUUCGCCAUGGAGGUCAGCAAUAUCGAAGGCUCAUUCAGAAUCACGUGUGAAAACGUCAUGAGAGUGAUUCGUGAGAACAAGGAGUCUGUUCUGGCCGUACUGGAGGCAUUUAUUCACGAUCCCUUGCUUAACUGGCGGCUCAACACGCGCGAAUCUCCCCCUCGGCCACACUUCCGAUCCGAACGUAGACAGAGUAUCAUCGACGCGCCUGGAGCUCAAGAUCCCGAACUGGAGCGCAGCCCGAUGGAGACGACCAACAACCCGGCGGCCAUGAUCGGCGCCACAUCGGAAAGCCAUGUGGGUGCGCCACCGGGUCGCAGACAUCGUCGCAGUAGCAUCCUCGACCCGGCCAUGGGCGGCGGCAGCAUCCUGGAUGCGGCGAAAGGGGUGGACAACAACCCUCCGGCGCAAGAUGCAAAAGAAGUGCAAAAUGCCCGUGCUCUGCAGGUGCUUGCACGCGUCAAGGAGAAGCUGACUGGUCGCGACUUCAAGCCCGCGGCUCCUGGAACCACCGUCGCUCGCUUGGCCGCUGAUCUGCACGGCCUGGGUCUUGAGGCUUUGAUGAACGUCAAUGGCGGCACCAUGAACAACGUGCCCGGCAUCGGCCCCGACCUCAACAAGCAGGUUUCCAUCGCUGGUACAGCGCCUGAGACGACCAUGGCGGGCGUCGGAGGGCUCGGCGUUGCAGAACAGGUGGACCGACUGAUUCUUCAAGCUACUAACGUGGAGAAUCUGUGCCAGCACUAUAUCGGUUGGUGUUCAUUCUGGUGA